GUUACCCAGAUAAGCCAGUAACCUCGCUUCGUAGUACAGGGAAGGAGUUGGACAACCUCCGAUCCAGGAAAGGAGAUUUGUGUCCAGUGGCCGAGACUGUAGAUGCUGAAUCCCAGUGGACUGAACAGACAUGAUACAGAGGAAGCUGGCAUUGCUGGUUGGCAUCACCAUGUUUACCCUCCUCCUGAUGCUGAGGUGGGAGCACAUAAUACACCUGGUGAGCCUGAUGAGAAACGAAAGACCCUCAGCUGAGCCUGAACCGCAGACAGACCUGCCAUCAGCAGAGUCUACACUACCACUAUGGCAACGGGCACCCAUGGAGACCAUCAGCCCCAUCCCAGGCUCCAGACACCUCAUGGUGUCUGCCUUUAAGGAUCACAGACUGGGCGGGGCCAUCCUGGUCAUUAGCAUCAUCUGCAGGCAGGAGCUGCAACCGCUCUACUGCGUCCUGUGUGCCAACGGCGAUGCUAAUGACAGUGGUAAUACUGAUGCUAAAGCUAAUGGGGCUCUGGGUCAGUGUACGACUUCACAGGCAAAAGUAGAUAUACAUAGCGACCACUUUGGCUUUCCUUUUCACACUUCAGACGUGUUUUGCACUACUACAACAUCACAGCAAGCCUCAUAUGUCAGCAUAACAUCUGACCGAAACACCAUUGACAAUUUGACAUUUUUAACAAUCCAAAACCAGGAAGUCAAAGAAUCUUUUAGGUACAAAUAUACUAUAUGCAUUUCCAACCUUUUUGGGGGGUACAAUAAUGCCCUACAGUUUGCACAGACCAUGGAGGUGUACAAACUGAUUGGGGUUCAGAGGGUUGUCAUUUACAACACAAGCUGUGGUUCAGAUGUUGAGAAAGUUCUCACGUAUUACAUGAGAGAGGGUAUGCUGGAAGUUGUGCCUUGGCCAUUACACAAGUUCCUAACGCCCUCUACUGGGUGGAAGUAUGACUUACAUCACGGUGACAUUCAUUAUUAUGGUCAGCUGACCACUCUGAAUGAAUGUAUAUACAGAUAUAUGUACCAGUCAAAGUACCUCCUGCUGAAUGACAUUGAUGAAAUCAUUAUGCCUUACAAACAUGGUAAACUGGAGAAGAUAAUGGACACAUUGCAGCAGCAACAUCCCAAUGCAGGGGUCUUCAGGAUCGAGAACCACAUCUUCCCCAAAACGCAGUUUGAAGACAGUGGCCGAUUUCGUCUGCCUCAGUGGAGGCGCGUGCCUGGUGUAAACAUCCUGGAGCACAUCUACCGAGAGCCGGACAGGAAGAGCGUGUUCAACCCCACCAAGCUUCUGAUUGACCCCCGGAGAGUGGAGCAGACCUCGGCCCACACCACGCUGAAGCAGUUUGGACCCGUUGUCACUGUCCCAUUCGAUGUCUGCCGCAUCAUCCAUGUCAGGGCCCCCCUGCAAGGACACCUCUCCAAAGACCAGCUGCUCGUGGACAAGAAACUCUGGGAGUUUGAGAAGCGUUUGAUUCCCAGCAUUGAUCAUGCACUGAAUCAGUCGGGUCUGCUGUGAAUCACUGAUGUCAAGCACGCAUUUGACUAAAAUGUGCUCUAGUUUUACAAAAUGUUGGGCUGGUUGGCACUGGCAGGCCAGACAAAGUCCAUCGCAGCCCAGGAAAAACAUGUACAUGAGCAGGCUACAUCUCAAAGUCAAGGUCCUUCCAAGUCUGGUCUCUUAGAGAUGAGGCACGGCUCCUUCACAUUCGGACAAAACACACACUGGAACAGACUAGUGGGUGUGCAGAAUCUACAGGUAUGUAUCAAUAGGCUUGUUCAACAUGGGUAUGGCUGACGGUGUCAGACGGGUGGACCUAAGACGGCAAACAGACCUUGACAUGAAAUGAUGAAAUAAACUAGAAUUCACUUCCGGAGGAACUGCGAAGUGUGCUUGCUCUGGUGCAGUCACCAAUGUGAGCAGACAGUGGAAUAUGCUACGUUGAACCUGGCUUGAUCCAAAGAUUCUAACAGUGCCUUUUCAGUGUUGGAGCAGUGGCAAUAUCUCAAAAGCUCUAGGAGAGGGCUAUUCAAUGUUGGCCUGCGGGGCGAAUGCGGCCCGUUGAAUUUUACCUGCGGCCUGCCUUCAAAUCUAGCUUCCAUGACUAAGAUCAAAUCAAUAAAAUAAAACAACAGCAGUGAUUGGCAGCAAAAAUAAACAAUGUUGCGCAGGUUGCGCCUCUCAAACUGGGCUGUCAGAUAACCUACAGAGGAAUUGACCAAUGGCAGCAGUUAACGUUUCACUGUGGUUUAUUUAACAAUUUUUAUUUAUGACAGGCAUUAAAAUGCUGUUUGUUAGUCAGGAUACUGUUUCACUGAUUUAUUUUAAAAAUAUGAGCUAUGACAGAAGUUGGGUGUGAAUGUUCCAUCACCUAAUACUGUUUUACUGGUUUAUUUGACAAGUAAUCUAUAUGGACCUGCUCUAUAAGCACCUUAUGUCUGUUUGGAAUUGUUUUGAGAGCCUAUUGAUGUAUCUCAGAAUAAAGGAA